AGCCGCUCUGCCACUGCGCAACGAUGGAGCUCUCGCAGCGAUGGAGAUGACGCAAACAGCCCGUGCUCUCCGAAAAAGUCUUUCCAGGCGAACAUGGCGGCAACUUAGGCGCGUUCCGAGAUGACGACGGCCAUCCGGAGACGGGAUUCAAGGCUUCACGCUCGGCUUCGAGGCGGCGACGACACCGGCCGGCGCAGGCCAGCGGCCGCUUCCCUGUGAGCCCAAUCUGCGGCAGACGCCCCAGCAGGACCAUCAUCAUCAUCACCGUCAUCAUCAUCAUCAACAGCAGCAGCAGCAGCAGCACCGAGCAGGCUCGCAACAGCCUGCGACGAAGGAAGCAGGAAGGAAGGGGAGGACACCCGGGAAGGCGAGAGAGAGACAGAGCGAGCGAGGGAAGGGGGGGCAUGCGGUCAAAGAGGACGCCGUCCCCCCGCGGGAAGCCAUGGAGGAUGCGGCAAGCUUAAUCCGCGCGGGUGGUCUCACCGGACCGGAAUAGCACCGACAGCCGCGGGCGCGAUCGAGCUGCGCCCCGAACCGGCGGAGGCAACGGCACCCGAGGAGAACGCAGCCCGCCUCCCGCCCCCCCGUAAGUCAAUGAGUAUUGAGACAGAGCAGCCCCCGCGGUGGAGUCGGCCAGGGCAGCACUCUCCUAAAAUAUGACCAGGGGUGCUUGGAUGCGUCGACAGCAUGACGAAGGCGUCAAAUCCUGGUUCGCACCCCGAGGGACCGAGAAGCCAUCCACCGAGUCGGAGCGGGCCCAGAGAUGGCGACUGUCGCUGGCCUCGCUCCUCUUCAUCACCGUCCUGCUCUCGGAUCACCUGUGGUUCUGCGCCGAGGCCACGCUGACCCGCACCAGGGACAAGCGCUCGGGGCCGGGGGGGCUCGGGAUUAGAGAGACGGGCGAGCAGCCUCGCUCCCUGCGCUGGGUCCCGCCGCUGCCGCUGCCGCUGCCACCACCAUCGUCAUCGUCACCUCCACCACCACCACCACCACCACCAUCAUCACCACCACCGCCGCCACCACCGCCGCCUGACCCCUACCGGCUCGCCGGAGAGCAAGAUGCUAUUUUUCUAGGGAAUUCUACCCAACCUCUGUGGCGGAUGGACACCUGCCACCCGGACAGCGUGUCCAAGGACUGCUUCACUUUCACGGACGCGGACACCGCGUGCCUGGGCCUCUCCGCCCCGGGGGGAGAGGGGACGCAGUCGGCGUACGUGAACCUGAGCGAUUUGUACCUUUCCUUUUGUAAUUCCUACUCACUUUUGGAUUUGUUUUACGGGUUUACGAGUCCACACGACAUGAAUUGCACCCUGGAUAUGGCCAUGGGGGCGGACGCGCCGGGAUGCGGCGAGUGCGUCCGGGCUUACCAGCUCCUCGACCGGCAGGCGGAGGACAACUACCGGGAGUUCGAGCUGCUGGUCCGCAAAUACGAGACGGACGCGUACUCCGUUCGGACGUGCAUGGAGGAAUGCAAGUUGGCAUACAAGCCGUGGCUGUGUUCUCAGUACUUCCAGACCACCCAGAUGCACUGCACUAGGAGAAUCCCCUGUGGUCAAUACUGCCUGGAGGUGCAGCAGCGGUGUCCCUUUGUCCUCCCUGACAAUGAUGAUCUCAUUCACGGAGGCAGCCCCAGUUUUAUAUGUACAGGGUUGCUGGAGGACCACCCGUCAGGCGCGGACCCGGACGCGGAGUGCUGCGACGUGCGGUGGGACUUGAAAGUGGACAACCGAUCCAGGGGGACGCUGAAAAGAACUCACCCGCCGUGCCAGCACCGAACCUCCCUCAGCUCCUCGGCAGCGUGCAGACUGUGUAACAGCCGCCUCAAACUCUGCCUGCUGGUGCUGGUCCUCCUGCACACGGUGGCCAGUCUCACCGCCGCCCACAAUGCAACGGGCCUGGGCCUGGGCCUCCCCGCCAUCACGCCUCUGGAGGAGAGCCCCGCCGGUGAGGAGUGAUGCCAGGAGGAGACGUCUGGAGCUGUGCGCCUGUGCCGACGUUGGGCAACACUUCCACACGGAAGCACUGGGACGCUUUGACACAACAGACACACAAACCCAAUCAAAAGGGGACACAAGGGGCUCCUUUAGUUCGUUAGGUGGGGUAGGGGGGACAAUGCCACAGCCUUUGAGUGGGAAGAGUUUCUCUCACUUGAGCUUUUUUUUUUUUUUUUUUACACUGUGUUUCCAAGUCAUGGUUUCUGUUGCGCUGCCUGAAUAUGAAAGAUCAUAUUCUCCUUCUGACAUUUCAUCCUUUUGCGUACAGGAAGGCGUAAAAAUGAGAGCUGUGAGGUGUUAAAAAGAAUUUUGCUGCCAGAGUGAUGUGUGCUAUGAUCUUUUUGUUUUGUUUUUUUACAUGAUUUCUAAGCCCUCACUUUGUUAUUUUGGUCUGUUCAACGUCACAGGGUAUUAAAUGUUGUUAUGACCCGCACCUACGUAAACAAGCUCUGGCCUGGUCUAAACUCCAUCUUUGGUGAUUCCAUCACAGUGGAAAACCACAUCAACUACCCGCUUUGGUACUCUGGUUCGGACCAAAACAUUUGAAGUGAUCACUUUCUUUUUGCCAUGAAACCAAAGCCUGCACAGUAAAGAACAGAAACAUAAAGUCAGCUGGGUUAGAAAACUUACGUUAUUAUAAUAUUCUGCUCUAUUUAACAGGUUAUAUGUCACAAAAGCUUCUCAAAUAUACUUUUAAGGAGCUUCGGUAAAAUAUUACUUGAAGAAACUCAAAUUUUCCUAACCAGAAUAACAUCUGCUGGGUUUGAAAACCUACAUUAUUUUAAUAUUCUGCUGUAUUUAACAGGUUAUAUGUCACAAAAGCUUCUCAAAUAUACUUUUAAGGAGCUUUGGUAACAUAUUACAUGAAGAAACUCAAUUAUUCCUAACCAAAAUAUUGUCUGCUGAGUUUGAAAACCUACGGUAUUUUUAAUAUUCUGCUGUAUUUAACAGGUUAUAUGUCACAAAAGCUUCUCAAAUAUACUUUUAAGGAGCUUUUGUAACAUAAUUACGUGAAGAAACUCAAUUUUUCCUAAACAAAAUAUUGUCCGCUGGGUUUGAAAACCUCAGUUAUUUUAAUAUUCUGCUGUAUAUAAGAGCUCAUAUUUCACAAAAGCUUCUAAAAUAUACUUUUAAAGAGUUGUUGUCACAUAUUACAUGACACAGCUCAAAUAGUUCAAACCAAAAUGACAUCUGCUGCAUGGAAUAUAUAGCUUAUUUUAUUAUUCUACAAGAGUUACCAACUUAAAUUUCACAAAAAGCUUCCAAAAUGUACUUUUAAAGAGCUGCUGUGACCCAUUACCUAUUAUAAGACAAUUAUUUCUAACCAAAAUCCCGUUUGUGGCGUUCAAUACUUGGAUUAUCUCCAUAUUCUGCUCUAUUUAACAGUUUCGGAUUUCACCAAAAAAAGGCCAAAGUGGCCUCAGUCCCUUUGAGUAGUGCAGAUGAUUGACAUCUACUUGACCAGGCGACGCGUACUAGCAGCGCACCAGCUGACCACCCCUCCUGCUGUUUGCACAAAUCCAAGGGAAAGUGAGGAUGUUGCCAUGUGAUCUCAUCACCAAAGAAGUGGUUCACUCCGAGGCCUUGCAGCUUUAUGGGUCGCCUCCCUGUCUUUGUUUUGUGAGAUAUUAUUUUGAUUGAACUAAAACUUCUUUUACAAGCAUGGGUGCAUUUAUAUACUGACAACGGCUUAGCUCGUGAAGGAUAAAUCCGCUUUAGUACAACUCUUUGUGGACACGAUGCAUUGUACGGUGGAACCUCUGGAAUGAAAGACCCCUCAACUUGUCAAAUAUGACCAGACUGAAUCAAGAGUCGUCACAAAUACAUUAGUUCUCUGCCUUUUGCUUUCAUUUUGGGAUGCUAAUGUCGCUAAACCUCAAGGACCAGGAUAAUAACAACAACAAAUAUAGAAAUAUUGUGUUGAACAUAGGAACAUUUUUUCUGUCAUGCCCAAUAAGGCAAUAUUAUAGAAGACAAACAAACGUAGAAUAAAGUAGAAGUUUUGGAAAAUUACGUUGUGGAAAAGUUAUAAUGUUAUUAGAAUAAAGUCAAAAUAUUAUGGGAAUAAAGUCAUAAUUUUGCGAAAGUUGAAAUACUUGCAGAAUACAAGCAGAAAGUUGAAAUAUUUGGAAAAUAAAAACAGCAAAAAUUGUAUUUAAAAAAACAGCAUUUAUUUGCUGAGAAUAAAGUCAAAAUAUUAAGUCAGAAUUUUAUCGCAAUAAACGUGUAAUAUUAUGAGUAUCGAUGUCUGUAACUCAUAUAUUCAGUUUUCAUUAUUUCCAGUGCUAAAAAUUGCUUCUAAAUCUGAAGAAACUGGACAUUGACCAGUAUCCCAUUCAACCUCGGAGGUUCCACUGUACCGUUUUAAUAAAAACACACACACCACUUCACUUUCAUGAACACUAAGAGUGUUUUGACAAUUUGGCUUUUGUCUUUUUUUUCUUCACUUAUUUUGAGUGUGUAUGUACGUUUGUUUUCUUUUUUUAAUCCUGGACUUUACGAGUAGAGUCCAAGACAACAUGAAAAUGUGACAUAAAGAGUUGUAAAGUCAAGCUAUCCUGAAACAUCCCACGAGGACUGAGCCAAACGAUCAAAACUCCAAACAAAUCAAAUGAAUGAUAACAUAAUUCAACAUAAUGGUGAAUGUGCAUCAGGUUGGUGCCAUGAAUUGACAUUUUUAAAAUGUUUCCACACUGCUUUGUUGGGAUUGAACAGCACAACCUCAGCUAACUGAUUCAUUACAUUACGUUACUAUCUUAUAAUAAAAUUAGGAACAAAAGCGAGUGCAACGCUUCCUCGUAAUUCAGCAUGCAUUUCACGAUAUCUUUCCAAGGGACGACACGGUGGAAAAUAAGCUGUAUUAAUAACCUGCAGUAUAGAUUUACUAUCCACUGAAAAUGAGUCAACACACGUCCAUUACUGCUGGAAUAGCACAACACAACACAAGUGAGUACACCUCACAGACAAUAUGUCAUAUCGGGUAUCAUGCUCCACCUCACAAUGUCACAGGACAUGUUGGCAUUCAUGUUUCUCUUCAGUGAACCGCAGCUCACCCAGCCCCGGCAGCACUCGUGCAGCCUGAGACGAUGACGCGACCACCACCAUGUACUACUCACUUGUACUGCCAGCUAUUGGGACUGUUUCGUCAUUGACUAUGGCCUGUUAUUAAUCCAAAAAAUAUUUAUAUUGUACAUAUUUUGGGCCUAAAUUAGUCAUAUUACUGCAAAAAAAGUGAAUGCAUUCACAACGAGCUCGUCAACCAAAUGCAAAUCGCAGGUCAUUAUAUUUAACCGUCUGACUCACCAUGUCAUCUUACUAAGAACACUUUACUAACCACACUAAAUUCAACACGCAGCAGCUUAACACGCCAAAGGUAUACCUUGGAAAUAUACAAACAUGCACCUAUACGAGUUUAAAAUGAAGUUUUUUCAUAAUGCAUUUUGUUUUUUGAAAAGGAUUUCAAUGGACAAGCAGCAUAGAAAACGGUGAAUGAAAGAAGGCACCAGAGGACCCAGAACCCAUAGGGAGGCUGACGUCAUUGCAGCGCACCAAUGAACGCAUUGCUCAGACCCAAUGCAAUAAGAGAAAACGUUAAAACGUAUAUCUCUGAGGUACAUAUUUGGAGUGUGAAGUUGCUGUGUGAUGAAUUUUGUGUUGUUUGUGAAGUGUUGUGAGUCAGACAGUUACAUUGUCAUACUGAUUUCCAGCGGGUUGAGAAGCUCGUUGUGCGUGCGCUGAUAGCUUGUGAUCUACCGUUUCCUCACUGCCUCACAAGUGGCACAAUAUUUAAACAUUUAGUCGUAGUUCUGAAGUAAAACACAAGAUCUGAAUUUAGCCAUAAAUUAGCCACAUUAGCCGCAGAAUUCAAAGUUUUGAAAAAACUGUAGGGUAUAUCCAAUGGUUGUUUGUCUAUAUGUGCCCUGGGAUUGGCUGGCCACCAGUCCAGGGUGUACCCCGCCUCUCGCCCCAAGACAGCUGGGAUAGGCUCCAGCACCCCGGUAGAAAAUGAAUGAAUGAAUAUACGGUAUAUCCACGUUCACUCUGUGUAGUACUGUCUGUCACUUGGGAGGAUAAACUGCUAUGAAAUGCGUGCUGAAAUACGGUGUGUGUACUUUUGUGAGAUACCGUAUGUAACGAGGUUAGCGGGUUUGUUCAUUCGUUCCCAAAGACACUUUUUUUUGUCUCACAGAACAAAACAUGUCUCCAACCAAAGAUGCGAUGGGAGUCAUUGAACCAAAUUCCCAUUCAGGUUCUGCUUUUCGACAGCGAGGCUACAUAACUUUGGGAUUUUAACAAUGACUGACACAAGCGCUUUUAUUAUGAUGGUUAUUAUGUUUCAAAGGUAUGCCUGAUCAACUUCUUUAUUGCCAUGAUUUGAAUUUUUUUUGUUUCAUUUAGUCACCGCUUUUCUGUUUACACCUAAACCAAAACUCUUUUUCAGUAAUGUAACUCAGGCCUUUUAAUUCACAGGCAACCUGACCACUGGGCGUUACCUUCGCUUCUCUAAACUGUUCAAUUCCAUGUGCUUUUGCUGACAAAGGUACACGACGACGUGACGUGUCAAAGUGAGUUUGUGCAUGAUUUCGUUCAACUCAUCCCAGAAUUAGCUCUCGUAGCCUGGCAGCCAUUUUGUUUGUCUGACUAACGUUUCAUGAAGUAAAGGGCUUUUUAAACAAUCACAACACAACACAGGUUCCGUACCAACUCACUUCCUGUUUCCUGCGAUCGUCCAUUGCCGUCGCCUCAUCCCGGAAGUCAGCUGAUCUCUGGUGUGCAAAUGUUGAACCACAGGAAGGAAUCAUGUGACCUCAAGGGCUGACUUCAUUUGAUUUUCAAUUCUUUCCUUGAUCAGGUAUUCCGAAAAUUCAACAUCAAGCGUUUGUAUUCCAACUGACGAGAGAUGUCUAAUCCGAUAACUGAUGUCAAUCAUUUCACGAUGCAACAUAUACAUGACAGAACAGCGAUACCAACCUCAACCGCUAGAUGGUGGUGUUGAUCUUGUUUUGCUUUGGCCGCCUUGCUGCUUCAUGCGUUCCAAAAAUGUGUGCGUUUGUGUUCUGUUGACACACUUUGGGAGUGUGCAAGACAGAGAUUAACAAAUAAUCUGCAUGAUUCACUGUAAAACUUAAUACAUGAACUCUUAUUUAGGCUAGAUAGUGCACAUAGCGACGUGCAUCAACAAAAAUGCACUGAUUAUUUAGCCUGGUCACCUGUAUAACAUAUUUAUGAAGUCCAGUGUUUGAGGCCAAACGAUUUGUUCCCCUAAGCCAAAAAAGAAAAUUGCUCUUUACAUGGUAACUUGUUGUCACACAGACCAGAGAAAGAAAAAGGACCCGGACAUAAUCAGACAAACACACAGAGAGAAAUGACAAUAUUCUAUGUAUUAUGGCACACUUUUGUUUGUUUUUUCUUAGACAUCUUCAUUUUUCAAAUGUAUCUGCUACUCUGUAUUAAAUACGAAAUAUGUAUUGUCACAUGGAAAGCGUGUAUGUCCACGUUUUCAGAUUUUUUGGGUCAACUUUCCUCUGUUUAGUUUCGUAUCACAUUUCUUUUAUCCAGGUAAAUAUUCAUAUAUAAAAAUAAAAAAUAUAUAACAACAACAAUAAUGUUUAUUUUUAUAUGCAUAAUAAAAAUAGUUAAUUAUUUUUAUUUUUGUUAUUAUUAGUAGUAUUAUUAUUUCUGUGUGGUCUUUCGGGUACAAAGUUUUCUAUAUAAUAAUAUAUUUAGAUUUUUUUUUUUUACUUUUAUUCACAGAAACUUGUAUUUUAGAUUUUUUUUUCUUCACUCCCAAAUUUGUUUUCUAUAUAAUAAUAUAUUUACUUUUUUUUGUUUUUACUUUUAUUCACAGAAACUUGUAUUUUAGAUUUUUUUUUCUUCACUCCCAAAUUUGAACAUACAUGCUUUUCAGAGACGACAUUGAAAGAAUUUUUUUUUUCACCACAACGCCAUCCACUGGAUGGGGCGGGCCCUAGUGCGAACCCAUCACCACACCAGAUUGCAAAAGGCAAGGUUUGUUUUUCUAAAGCAUGAAGAGCAACAGGAAGUAAACAGGGUCCGUCAGGGUCGUAGAACCUAUGGCUUUCAGCUCAUCCACAUCAACAAACCUCGCCACAAGCACACAUGUUCAAAUGUUUGUCACGCCUUGCUGCACAAAAGGACAUUUUGUGCACAAGGGUUUCUUCUGACCAACACUGAAAUACAACAUUUUCAUAUCAAAAGCCCCAAUCCGGUAAUGAAGGCCUGCACGCACGCAACACUGCUGUGGUUUGUUCCUGUUUGUGUUUCAUCAUGUCGAGGAGAAGUGGGCUCCAAUGAUUAUGGUCUGUAGCACUUGUAGCAGUUCCAUGCUAUCGCCAUGCUAUCGCCAACAUACAAACACAUAUAUUGUGUGUACCCCCAGAACCAAAUGGCAUACAUUCUCUCCUGUGGAUCUAUGCAGAAGCCCAUUCACUUUUUGCUUGAUUUUGGUUGUAAAUAUCUUCCCUUCCCUGGCGUCCACCUCCGAGGUUUUCCUUGUGACUUGAUGUCAUGUUCCUUUACAAUUCCUCCUUCUUUAUUUUGUGAGAAUGUGUCGCUAGUUUUGUUUUGUUUUGUUUUUUUUGUCCUCAGCUUUUGUCGAGAGAGCGAGAGAAAGAAAGAACGAGGUUGUGGUUGGAGUGUGAAUGCGGAAAGAUUUUAACGACUCUAGAAAUGGAAAAAGUAUAUGGAAGUAUCAUUGCUGAUUAUUGAUUAUUAUGAUUACUAUUACACUACCAGUAUAUUGUAAUAUUAUAGAUGCUUUAGUUGGACUAACUUCUUUCAUUUUUCUACAGACGACUUUGAUGAAAUGAUUUAUAAAAACAAGUCUCACGAGUCAUGAUCUUUUUUGAAGAAGUAUGAAAACUACUGCUACGAUGAUUAAAACUGUGUUCUGAUGAAAAUAAAU